AUGUCUUCAUCCGCUAUGGAAAAACAUUUAUUUAAUUUAAAAUUUGCUGUGAAAGAGUUAGAACGAAAUUCAAAAAAAUGUGAAAAGGAAGAAAAAAUUGAAAAAGAGAAGGCGAAGAAGGCUAUACAAAAAGGUAAUAUGGAGGGUGCAAGAAUUCAUGCAGAGAACGCAAUACGUCAAAAGAAUCAGGCUCUUAAUUAUCUACGCAUGUCUGCAAGAGUUGAUGCUGUAUCAAGUAGAGUGCAGACAGCUCUUACUACUAGAAAGGUUACAACAUCAAUGGCGGGUGUUGUUAAAGCAAUGGAUGCAGCAAUGAAAUCAAUGAAUUUGGAAAAAAUCUCAAACCUAAUGGACAAAUUUGAGAGUCAGUUUGAGGAUCUUGAUGUACAAUCAUCAUACAUGGAGAAUGCUAUGUCACAAACCACAACAACUACAGUGCCUCAGGGUGAUGUUGAUAAUCUUUUGCAGCAAGUGGCCGAUGAAGCUGGUUUGGAGCUUAACAUGGAACUGCCUUCUGGAAUACCAAGUACCUCUAUUGGAACAGCAACAGUUGUGUCACAGGAACAAGAUGAGUUAACACAGAGACUUGCUAGAUUAAGACAGGCUGAAUAA